CCUUUCUCCAAUCGCGAUCUUGCGAGCUCUGUGCGGGGACGGCCGAUCAGGUACCCUGUUGUGCUGCCCCAGAGUUCGUUGCCGCUCUAGGCGCCUGCCUAUAUCGCCUAUGCCAGGAUCCGCUAAUGCCUAGACAAGAUGCUCACUUGGUUACGAGGCACAGUCACAGUGUAAAAGGUAAUUUUCCCAUGACACCUUCAUGAACACUGAGACAAUGCUGUCAAAGCAAGCAGAAGUGCGAUGAUCACAUGGUCAUGUGUGGACUUGAAGUAACCUACACGCGCUGUUUAUCAUACACAUUCACGAGCUGCACUGAGGGGUCCGGCAUGUCUUCUGCUGUACUGUAAUUUCUCUAUGGUUACGGAUGAAGUGCGGCCAAGUUCUUUAAAAACAUUUGGAGAAGUGAUGCAUGAAUCCAUGGCAGCACAGAGCAUUUUGACGACCAUGAAUCAGAGUGUGAAAGAGCCUUGCAAAAUACCGUUUGAGGAGGACCGCAUUCCUUUAAUGGUGCUGUACAUUGUGGUUUUUGUCAUCGGUCUGCCAGCCAACACUGCCACCGUAUACCUCACCCUCCACCAGGUCUGUCGCAAGAACGUACUCGGCAUCUACCUGCUAAGCCUGUCCUUGUGUGAUCUCACCUACCUUUUCACGCUUCCUAUGUGGGCUGUGUAUGUCAACAGAGACCAUGUGUGGCCCUGGUCCUCUAUGGCUUGUAAAGUGACUGGCUUUGUCUUCUUCACCAACAUGUACAUCAGCAUUUUUCUGCUCUGCUGUGUGUCCAUUGACCGCUAUGUGGCGGUGGUCUAUGCCAUUGAAUCUCGCGGUCUUCGCCAGAAAAGGAUAGCCGCUCUUGUAGCUUUUUCCAUCUACAUGGUGGUGGGCUUGGGCCACAUGCCAGUCUUUAUUAUGCGCGAGGGGAAUGCCUCAGAGGGCAGUCACCGCUGCUUUGAGCCCGGCCACAGCACGGCAACAGUUACAGGAUUCAACUACGCUCGCUUUUGCAUUGGCUUUUGUGCCCCUCUAGCCAUCCUGAUCUUCACCAACAGGGCCAUUCUUGCCAAUGUGCAGGCAAGCACGGGACUCCAACCGCACCAGAAGGAUAAAGUUCGCUACCUUGCUGUGGCAGUGGUGGCGCUGUUUUUGAUCUGUUUCGCUCCAUACCACAUUAUCUUGCUCAUACGUGCCAUUACCUUCCAUUUCCCCAAGCUGCAGGCUGAAUGUCAUUUUGAACAUUACAUCUACACGCCCUACAAAAUCUCUCUGGGCCUGUCCACGUUCAACAGCGCCUUUAAUCCCAUUCUCUAUGUGUUCUCCAGCAAUAAUAUCCGUAAGGAAAUCAGAAAUGGCAUGGCAGCACUGUGUAACAAGAGUCAUCUUGAGUCAGCGCUCAACACACAGUAGCCAGCACAACAUGCACAGUUCCAAAAGCAAUUCAGACCCCGCCCCCACAAAGGGGGAUGAAAUGAGGACAGGUUGUCCCAGCCUAAGCUAAAACUUUUGUAAUUUGCUUAACAUGCCAUGAAUUGGAAUUGAAAAGUUGAAUGAUUAGAAAGGCAACAUUCCCUUUGUACCUCAUCAUGCAUAUAGUUUUGUUUUGUAUAAACAACAUCACUGCAAAUAAGACAAAAAUCUUGUGAAAAUGCAAAUUUCCUGUCAUUUUAUUUUGGGUCGAAGACUGAAAGGAUCUCACGGUAAGCGCAUCUCUGUGGUAUUUCACACCUUUGUUGCUACUUCCGUCACAGAGUUUCUUUUAAUCUGUUUGCUCUGAACUUUUGGAUAUCUUACAUUUGACUCUUGCAUACAGGUUUUGACAUGUAAGAUUCUCCGGACCAUAUUGAUGGGUUCAAGAUCGUCUUGCAGAGCUAGUCUUUUGAUAGUGGCAUAAAGUCUGGUCCACUUUGCAGCUCGUUUUGGCCAAAAGUUAACUGUUAGACAUUACCAUGUUUUUGUUUUUUUACAGUAACUUACUGACAUUUUUUUCUUAGAGAUGCUCCGAUCAAACUCUCAAAGUCUGCCUAUGUGCAUGUUAAUGCGAAUAAUUACCAGGAUUUAUGAAAAAAAAAAUAAGUGUAUGAAAUGAACACAUAAAGAUGGAGGCUACAACCCCCAAUAAAAGACAUUGUGGGUUCCAAGCCAACACAUUACAGUAAGUUGCUGUAUUUAAUUUACAGUUUGUUCCUGUAUUAAUUAGAUAAAAAGUAAUUCACUGUAAUUGAUGAAUGAAGUCACAGAAAUUUCCCUUAAUGCAAUGCAUAUUACAGUUAAAUACUGUAUGAUUAUAUCAUAGUAAUUUACUGGGCAUUUUACAGUUAUUUACACUAUAAACUACAGUAAGGGUUAACAGUGUUGGUUUUAUUUUUACAUGGCCAUUUUUACAGGGUGAGUUAAUCUGAACUGACAAUACCAAAUAUUUACUGCAUGGAAAAAAAAUCGUUCAGUUAAUAGCACAGCAGUCUUGGUUCACAAAAUAUGGAAAAUUAGCAGAAAAUAUUUGUAAAAUUUAGGAUAAUUAUUUAUGUUCAUCUAAAUGGUAUUAGUACCAAUUAAUUCACAGACACAAGGCAGCGUGUACAGUUCUGUUGUGGGUAUUGCUAUUGCUCCUCAAACAAAAAGGUGCCCAUGGUAGCAUUGAAGCCCAGCACCUUGUAAACAUGACUUCUUCCCCCGUUGACCUGCAAAUAACCUGUGCACCUUGACUUCCGAAAGUUGAGUAAAGCCAGCGCAUCAGAUUGGAGCUUGCGAUUUUGGAAAGCACUUGCCAUUUUUGUGUGCAAUAUGCAUCAGGCGUUCAGUGAACGGUUUGUUGGCAUACCGUCUGAGGCUGGGACAACGCUUGCAACAGUAUACAGUAUCACUGUUUUCAAGCAUAUUUAAUGAAACUGCAAACUAAAUAUUUUUGUUGAAUGUAUCACAGCUUUUUUAGUGUGGAUUGUUUUGUUUUGAUGGACGUUUCCGAGUUUUCCAUAUUUUUUUCAAUGGUUAAAUAUAA